AGGAGUGGCAAGCUUCAUUAGUGGAAUAGCACAGCGAGGGAUUGGGAUUCGUGCAAAUGCUAAAUAAGCCCCAAGGCCGUCUUGCAAUGGUUGAUGUGUUGUCCCGUCACUCAGGCUCCCACAAGGCGGAAGCACGGCCAACUCCCCAACCUUGAAUCAUGAGGUCAACAAUAUGGGCCGCGGCGUUAGCCAUCGCGGGCUUGGCUGUCCGCUCUUGGGCCCAGGAGAUGCCAACAUGCGCGAGCGACUGUCUGGUGAAGUAUCUCCCGGAGUCCAAGUGUGACCCAACGAACAUGGACUGCGUAUGCGCAGACCUGACGUUGAUGGAUAACGUCGGGACCUGCACCCUUGAGGCUUGUACUCUGUUUGAAGCUCUUGCUGCAAAGAAUGCAACGGCUACGCUCUGUAAAGAGCCCGUCCGUGACAGGAGUCUCGUCGCGCCCAUAGCAACAGCCAUCACUGGCGGCAUGGCGCUCGUCUUCGUCAUCCUGAGGGUUUACGAGUCCGGGUUUCGGAAGAAAGAGUUCCACUGGGCCGAUGUCUGGGCGAUCCUCGCCAUGGUCUCUUCCAUUCCCAUGGACGUGGGCGAAUUCUUUAUGAUGGCCCAUGGGAUGGGUAAAGACAUCUGGACGCUUGCACCAGAAGAAAUCACGGAGGUCGUCAAGUAUACGUGGAUUACUCAAGUAUUCUACGCCCCUGCCAUCAUGUUGACCAAGAUCACCGUCGUGUGCUUCUUCAUGCGUGUAUUCCCCGCGCGAGGAUUUCAGCUGGUCUGCUGGGGCACAAUCGCUCACUGCGUGCUGUUCAUUGUAUCAACAACCAUUGCGGCGAUUCUCGCCUGCGUCCCUGUUGAAGCCGCCUGGAUCGCUUGGACUGGGACGGCGGAGGCUGUGUGCUUUAAUAACAAUGCCUUCUGGUGGGCCCAUGCGGCUAUCAAUAUUAUCACCGAUGUCUGGAUUUUGGCAUUGCCGAUUCCGCAGCUGCUGAACCUCCAACUCGGGAGAAGAAAGAAAGUAUAUCUGAUCAUGAUGUUCAGCGUCGGCCUUGUUAUCACCAUCAUCAGCAUUGUCCGCUUCUCCGGUCUCAUCACCUAUUCCACCUCGACCAACCCCACGUUCAACAACGUCAACGUAGCCACGUACAGCGUCAUCGAGUGCAACAUCUCCAUCAUGUGCUGCUGCAUGCCUGCGAUGCUGUCCUUCCUCCGGCACGUGAUGCCGACCGUCUUCGGCAGCACCAACCGCUCCGACAACAACGGCAAGGACGGCAGCUACCAGGUCGGCGGCACGGGCGGCCGCUCGCCGUUCCCCUCCAACGCCAUCCAGAAGAGCGUCACCCACACCGUCUCCUACUUCCCCCGCGGCGACGACUCUGACGUGGUGGAGCUGAUGGAUGUGGAGAAGAAUAGGCAGGGGGCGGAGACGGAGGAGCACUAUAAUCGGUGGUGAUUGUGGGCUUCCGAUUGUCGGUUGCUUCAUGGUUAUAUAUUGUUUUCCCUCGACGCCGCCCUGUCUGUGUAUCUCAGUGGUCCGGCGCGGAGGUGAGGGAUUAGGUAAAACAGCACUAAACAGGAAUACAGUCAUGAUCAAUGAGCAGAGCCCGGCUUGGAAGGUGGUACACACAUGAGGACAGCCAAGCCUAGCUAGCUCCAUCACUCCUAAUUUAUGUAGGUCAUGCCAACAUUGCUUAAAAGGGGGGGGGAGGGGGAAGACAGCAAGGUGAACGAUAUUCUAAGUAGGCCACUUUCUAGGGACGUAUCAUUCCUUUCUAUUGCAUCGAAGGAAAGCUAUUAGUUGCAAAUGGUC